AUGGCAAGUGGACAGACUUCAAGUUUAUUUAUUGAUAAUGCACAUAAAAUUUUAUCGGUUGAUGUACCGAACUAUAAUCAUGAUACUCUUAAUAAAUUGUUGACAUCAGUGGGUGUUAAAUCACAUGGAACAAUAACUUUUUCUGAUGAUAAAUCUCAUCAAGCAGAUUUUAUUCGUAUACCAAAUGAUGCACCUGUUAUGCAUCGUCCAUCACUUGUCAUAUCAAUAACUGGUGGUGCAAAAGAAUAUAAUAUGACACCAAGAUUAUUAAGAGCGCUCCGACGUGGCCUUCUUAAAGUUGCUCGAACAACUGGUGCAUGGAUUAUUACAGGUGGCAUGAAUACAGGUAUUAUGAAACUUGUCGGUGAGAUUGUGCAAAUAAAUCCUGAUCGUUUUCGACCAAUUCCUUUAAUUGGUAUUGCUACUUGGGGUUGUGUAUCCGGUCGUCAGGAUCUUGAUGUGCAUGGCUCAUGUGUACAUUAUGCUGAAUCACAUAGUAAUAUAAAAGGUGAAGCACCACUUGAACCAAAUCAUACAAAAUUUAUUUUUGUUGAUGAUGGAAGUGAAAAAAAAUAUGGUCGAGAAAUAGCUUUUCGAGCUAAACUUGAACAAGCUAUAUCUGGUAGAUUUUUUUCUUCAAAAGCUACAACAAAUUCUUUAAAUCAAUAUGCAAGUUUAUGUGAAGCUUCAUCUUUACGAUCAGAAAAUUCAGGUUCAUAUGAAAAUUUAAUCUUGUUUAUUAAUAAUAAUUUUUCUUCUGAUAUAGAUCCAGUACCUGUUGUUCUUCUUGUUGUCGAGGGUGGUCCAAAUACAGUUCGAAGAGUCAAGGAAGCUGUUGUUGAAAAUAACAUUCCAGUUGUUUUUCUCGAAGGAACAGGUCAUUGUUGUAAUUUAUUCGCUAAAGCAUUCCAUCUUUAUAAUCAAUAUCGUACAAAAAUUGAAUCUGAUGAUGAAACACCAUCAAAUAUUGAUCCAGUUAUUUUAACAAAACGUUACGAUGAAUUAAAAAUAAAACUUCGUGAAGAACUUAAAGAAGAACUUCGUGCAAUUAGUGGUUCAAAUGAAAGACCAAGGACAACGGAUAAUAGUGCGCAUUCUGUUGAUAAAACUGAUUAUUUUGAAUCAGUUUAUGAAUGUAUUCAUACUCGAAGAAAUUUUUUAAAUGUAAUCAGUCUUAGUUCACAUCAAUCAGUUGAACCUGAUAUUGAUUUAGUUAUUUUACAAACUCUAUUAAACGCUACUUCUGGUAUUGAUGACUGUAAAACAAAUAUGCAACGAAAACGUGAACAACUUCAUUUAGCAUUAGAAUGGAAUCGUGUGGAUAUAGCUCGAAAUUAUAUUAUGAGAAAUGAAGCAGAUUGGAAUAUUGAUUUAAAUGAUUUAUUUUUAUUGGCACUUAUCCGUAAUCAAACAGCAUUUGUUAAAUUAUUUCUUGAUCAUGAUUUUUCAUUAACUGAUUUAUUUCGUGAUGUUGAUAAACUUCUUACACUUUAUAAUCAUGAAAAAAAAGAAACUCAUGAUUUAGUACAAGAUUCUCACGAUACAUUACGAACAUUAUAUAAAGAAAGAAUUCAACCAUUAAUAGGAGGUUUUUUUGAAGUUGAUACUGCACUUUCUCAAAAAGAUUCAACAUUAAAUCCUGAAUCUAAAAAUGAAAGUGACGAUGAAUUAGGUAGUUGUUGUGGACCAAGAUGUUAUCAUAGUCCUCCAGGAAGUAAUCAUGGUGGUAGUGUACGUUCAGAAGGAUUAACGGGUGGUUCCGGUAUCUAUAUGGAUGUUGAUAGAGAACUUUUUUUGUGGUCAGUAAUAGCAGGUCGACACGAUUUAGCAUUACUAUUUUGGCCCCGUGGCAAGAAUAAAAUUUGUGCUGCAUUAAUUGCCACAUUAGUAUAUAAAAUCCAUGCUCAUGAAAAGAAUGAUGAUAGUUACAAUCAAUCAGCUGAGGAAUUUGAGUAUUUAGCUGUACAAAUACUUGACAAAUUUUAUCAAGCAAAUUCUAAAGCAUGUUUAAAAGCAAUUAUACGACAAAUUCCAGCUUAUGGUAAUGCAACAUGGUUAGAAUUAGCUGUUGCAGCUGAUGCUAAAUACUUUAUUGCUCAACAAGCUGUACAAGAUCUAUUCAAUGAUAUUUGGUUUGGAUAUAUUAAUGAACGAACAGCUCAUAUAACUAUCAUUUUUUCUACAUUUGUACUUUGGUAUAGUGGUUUUCUUCGUUACAAUAAAGAAUCAGUUACAGCAGAUGACAAAAAAGCACUUGAUGAUUCAAUUAAUAAACCACAUUUGUUUGAGAGACAAACAUCAAAACAAAAGCGGAUUGGAGAUAGGACACGAAGUGCAAUUUCUCAAUAUUUUUGCAACAUAACUACAUUUAUACGUACUCCAUAUGUUAAAUAUCUUUAUAAUUUAUAUGCUCAUAUGAUAUUUUUGUUACUUUUUUCCUAUGUAAUAUUAUGUGAUUUUUUUCCACUCUAUAAUUUUCCAGUGGAUACAUGUGCACCAUUUAGUAAUUCAGUAAAUCGUAAAGACUCUAUUGGUGACAAAGAUGAUAAUGAACCAGGUACAACUAAUAUGUGGUCUGGAAAUCAGUAUAAUACUAGUAAAUCAGUUUCAUAUGGAUUUCAACGACGUAAACAACCGUCUAUUAAUGAAAUUAUACUUGUCAUAUGGGUAUUUACAUUAGUUUGCGAAGAAAUUCGACAGCUAUUCACAAUAGAAGCACAAACAACACGAAAUGCUAUUAUGGCUUAUUUUAAAAAUUUUUGGAAUAAAUUAAAUGUUUUAGCUAUAAUUUUAUUCUUCGUCGGUGUUGCACUUCGUUAUAUUCCAACGUCACAAUGUUUUUGUGCAGCAUAUAUUGUUUUAUCAGUUGAUUUAGGAAUUUGGUUUAUACGUUCAUUGCAUCUGUUUGCUGCUGUAAAACGACUUGGACUUAAACUUGUUAUGAUUGGUGAAAUGGUACAUGAUUUGAAAUUUUUCAUGUUAAUGUUCUUUGUAUUUAUCUUGGCAUUUGGCGUACCAUUUUAUGGUUUAGUACAUGGUGUACAAAAAUUUUCUCGACAUUUACCACACAAUUAUGAACCAAAUGGUUAUGCAGCGUCUAUUUUAUUGGUUGCUUAUAUGACGAUUGUUAGCAUACUCUUGGUUAAUCUACUUAUUGCUAUGUUCAGUAAUACAUUCGAUCGUCUUCAAAGUGAUACAGAUCGUAUCUGGAAAUUUCAACGAUAUUCAUUAGUAUGUGAAUAUUUAUCACGUCCAUCAUUACCACCACCUCUCAUUUUCUUCUCUCAUCUUUGGCGAUUAACAUUAUCGACAUUGGCACGGUGUUGUAAAUCACAAUGUAUUCAAACUAAAUAUCAACAACAUUUGAAUCGAAUAAAAUACAAAAUUUCACUUGAUGACAAAAGUGCAACAAAUAUUGAAAUAGCUGAAGAUGCACUUGGUGAUGAACUUUAUAAUAAUUUUUUAAAACUAGCAGAAAAAGUAUCCGAUGAUACUAAUCUAGAUGAAGAACGAGUGUGA